AUGUCACGAUUAACGAGACAAAGCACCACCAAAAGAAAACGAUCUUCCGACCAUAACGGUAGUUUCAAAUCUCAAGUUCAAACAAAAAGCAAGAUAGCAAGAACGGCGCAGGAUACUGACACUGAGUCUUUAUUAUCAAGCGAUGACAAAACUAGCCUAUGUAACAAGCAUGAAGAAGGUCCUCCGUUACCUAUUGUGGUUUCUGAAGACCCCAUUGGAGCAUCUCAAGUUAAAAAAAUGGCCCUGGACCACAACAACGAUUCUGAUAUUGACACCGAAACUGCGGAGGAUACAAACGGUAACAGUAAUAACCAUGAUAGCGCUAAUGAUGCUGACAAUGACUCUAAUGGUGGCCUUGAUGCUGAGGAUGGCCUUGGUGCUGAGGAUGACCUUGGUGCUGAGGAUGACCUUGGUGCUGAGGAUGGUAAUACUAAUGACAACGGCGAAACAGUCGAAGAACCGGUCAAUAAUCCAGGUGAGGAUGACAGUAAUGGGAACGAUGAUGGAAAUGAUUCUAAUGGUGAUAAUGCAGAGAAUGAGCCGGCAGCAAACGUACCACAUCUUGCACGUUUAGAGAAAAUGCUUGAUACUUUAAACAAUCGUUUCAAUACAACUACAGCCAACGUCCAGAAUAUGGAGAAUCUUCUAAAUAAUACCGAACGUAACAUAGAUCGUGCAAAUCGUCUUCUGCUUAAUUUACAAGACCAAGUUGACCAGGCAAAUGUUAGAGUAAAUGAAGCGAGUGACCAGGUAGCCUUGCUAACACCUCGUGCCGAUUUAAGGGAAGUCAUGACCGUAGUAACCGAUUUCCAAGAUCACACAACGAGACGGAUGGAUAUUUUGGAAAGAAAUUUAAAACGAGCAGAGGACCUACUUAAAAUAAUUCGCCCCGGAGAUUAUGCAGAAAUGAUCAAUGCAGACAACAUCCUUCCUGUACGCAAUGGUCCUCCUGUGGCCAAUGACAUUGAUAGACCUGCAGAUAAUACCAAUCAACCACAGGCGGUUGUUGAUUCCCAACAAGAGCAAAUACCUCUUGCUAAUGGUGCUCAACAAGGACAAGAACCUCUUGCUAAUGACGCCCAACAAGGACAAGAGCCUCCAGUUAAUGAUGCCCAACAAGGACAAGAGCCUCCAGUUAAUGACAACCGACAAGGACAAGAGUCUCCAGGUAAUGAAAACCAACAGGAUCAAGCCCCUCCAUUACAUAGACCACAAGGGAACGGUGGCGAAGGAGCGAACAACAAUGCCCUUGAUAAUUCUUUUGAAAUUCAGCAGUUGACUUUUACUCAAAAUAUAGAGUAUAAAUAA